CAGGAGGAGGAGCAACAUUGCUCCUCCUCCCUCCUCCUCCUCUCCCGUUCCUCCUCCUCCUUCGUGUAGUGGAAUUACUUUGGGAAUAAUUAAAAUAAAAUUAUUUUGACGUAAUUCGUGUGAAUUGCUGAUGAUUUCCCGUGAAAAGUGACUCUAUUCCUCGUGCAUUUUUUUUUUAGAUUAGAAAAUGGACUUUUAGUAAUCGUCUCUCAUAUUAAAAGAAGUACCUAGUUGUAAUAUUUACAUACUAUAACCUAUGAGACUUUGAUAUACCUACUACAAGGGCUUUUUCGAAGGUUGGUGGGAGAGCAACCACAACCUUCAGUUUUAGUUUUCAGGGAGAUUUCUCCUGUGAAUUUCUUUCAUAGUGUCGGGAAUUUCCGAUGCCAGACUGGACGGGGCGAUUCAACCCACGAACACGAAAGUGACUUAUUAUACCCAAUAUGAACUUGGCGUUAGUGAGCAACACACCAAUUUUGAGCGGCAAUCUAUACCAAGUGUUCGGAGAACUUGAUAUUGAAGAGGGAACCCCAGUUAUAUUGGUCAAGAUUCUUUGUGAAUGCAACACAAUCGAUGCAAAGCUUUUUCAAAGGAGUAAUGAUAUUAUAAGGAAGAGGUUUCCGCACAUCCUCAAGUGAAGGAUAGUUGUGCCGUCAUCGACUACAGUCUGACAACACUAUAAGUAGCAAAUACAGUACUUAUUAUUCUAAUACUUUUAAGAUUUUGCUUGUAAUAGUAUCUUGAGCAGCCACCGAUGAAAGAGUCAGAUGCGUAAGUGUGUCCGUAAUACUUGGACAUAACUACAAUGGCUGAAGAGUAACUGAUCAAUGUCUUGUCUGUAUCUGGUGAUAUCCUCACUCUUUGUCAUGAGCGCUUCAGAUAUUUUGAAUAUCAGAGGGCAUUCAUUUUUUUAUAAGGCUUUUAUGUCCAGGUUAAAGAGUUUGGGUUGCUCGACACAUCUGCCGGAGAGGGAUUGUUGCGGUGGUUUGCAAAGAAACAUUUGUGUGCGCAGUCAUAGCAGACCCCUGCUCAGGUGCGUGCAUGCUCUGAACCAUUACCAGUAUGAGCACAUCUAGCCAAACCCAGGAACAAGAAGCCUCAGAUUGUGCCAAUUCAUUCCAAGUAGAAGAAGAUUCGAGUAGUGCCGAUUCUGAAGUCGUAUGUGAAAGUAACCCAGAUAAUGAAGGGUCAGAUAAUACUACGUCAACCGUAAGUGAUUUAUGUGAACUAAAUACCGAGACUAAAAAUCCUGUUGAAACUCUUGAAGAUUCUGUUGAGAAUUUAAGUCAAGUUACAGAAUCCUCUGAUGUAGAAAGUUCUGAUGAAAAAAUUGUAGAUCCUAUUGAGAGUGUAAGUCAAGAUACACAAUCCUCUGAUGUAGAAAUUUCUGGGGAAAACAUUGGAGAUCCUUUUCAGAGUUUAAAUCAGGAGACAGAAUCCUCUGAUAUAGAAACCACUGCAGCGGAACCAUGUGGCGAAACAGAAGCAAAAGAGAAAAGUGGGAGAGGAGAAGAAGAAGCCACAUUGCAUCAAGAUGGCACAGUUGAUGAAACGUGCGCAUCACCUGUCAGUGAUCCUGCAAGAGGAGUCGUCUCCUCUUCUUGCGACCAAAUAAGCAUUUCUGUCAGUGAAGUCGUCACUGCAUUUCAGGAAGUCAGGAGCGAGUUUAAAAAUGCAGUCAGAGAUGCUCAGAGUGAAUUCGUCACUGCUGUUAGUGAAGUUAAAAACGAACUCGGCCAGGUAUUGAGUGGAACGAGUCAAUCUUCUUUCAGUUGUGAAGAGCGGCAGACUCCGUCACCAUCAGAACUGAGUGAUUCUAAUGAUAAUAUCUUGAGCACUGUCUCCUGUAGUGAAAAUUUAGAUAGCACUGGAAAUUUAAUACCAACAGGAGAAGAUACAAAUACUGAGUGUGAUAAUCCUGGUUUAGAACAUUUGACCUUGGAGUCAGACUCUGAGAAAGGUGAAGUGAGUGAUUGUCACAACAUUAUAUUAGGGUCGUCCGACAACUUUAAGCUGGAGGAUGACAUUAAUGACAAUGUCGCUCAUAGUGCUCCUGUACCCUUGGAUGUAGAUAUGUAUAGUGGUGAAAUUGAAGUAAAUGCCAAUGGUCCAACAGAAAGUACAAUGGACACACAAAUUGCAGAACUGAAUAACACUACUGUAGAGGGUUUCCCUCCUCAGAAUGGGGAUGUUAAUCAGGCUGGUGCCAGGUGUAUGGAAAGUAAUGGCAGCGUUGAAUACGAUAUUCAUCAGGGAAAGGAGAGUUCAGAACAUCUGUCAGCAUGCAUGGAUGACCCAUGUUCUAGGGGCCAGGCCACAUCUGCACCUUCAACUCCUGUUCCCUCUGCGGCAGGAUCUGUUCGCAAAGUUCUGCGAACAGCACCUUGCCCUGGUCGCCGGGUGUCAUUCCCUGAGGAUGACACUCGCCUGAUAUCUAGUUAUUUAGAGCCUGUAAAUCCUUGGCAGCAAAUGGCCGGGGUAACUGUGGAGGAAAUUGCUGCUGCCUACCGAUCCUCUUGUGAACGACACAGUACUCAACCUCUCCCUGGAGUUUUGCAGCAGAUCAAGGCCCUGCCCCUGGUUGUAGGAGGGCGCGUUGAAUGUAUCAGUCUACGGGGACAGAGGCUGGAAGGCGGUCAGUGUGAAGGGCUGGAAGAGAUAUUCCGCAGAGUUCAGUUUAAGGUUCUGGAUCUUGAAGGUUGCUCCCUGGAAGAUGACACUGCCAUACCUCUCUUCGAUAUGAUCGAGUUUUAUGAUUCUGCCACUCAGCUCAAUAUUUCAUGCAACAGCAGGAUUGGAUUUAGAGGGUGGCAGGCGUGCGCUCGCAUGUUGAAGCGGACGCCUUCGGUCGAGUACCUUGAUGCCCGCAACACUAACUUGAAUGAAACAAACAUGCCUAUAUUGGGCAGAGCUCUAAGGUUAGGUGCAAGGUUGCAUACGUUGCAUCUUGAGAACUGUAAUCUAACAGGUCGUCCUCUCAUCAUGCUUACUGCUGCAUUAAAGCAAAAUGAUACUCUUGCAGAGUUAUAUCUGGCUGAAAAUCGCUUGGGGGUCAAUGAUUGCAUUCAGCUGGGCAACUUGGUACGUGCAAACAACACUUUGAGAGUGCUGGAUCUCAGAAACAACAAUGUACAAGACGCGGGUUGUGGCCAUAUUUGUGAAGGAAUAUGUGAACAGCAGAAACUGCAGAGUGAGAAGGAGAGCAAUAAUGUGGAAGGGAAGAAGACAAUCAAAGGGUUAAAUUCUCUGAUAUUGUGGAAUAAUCAUCUCACCCAGCAAUCAUCUCCACACUUGGCCAGUUUGCUGUCUGGCUCUUCCUCCCUUGAAAUGGUAAACCUUGGCCGCAACAAUCUCACAAGUGAAGGGAUUCUACGCCUGAAGGAGUCUUUGUUGCGAAAUCGAUGUUUACUGCGGCUUGGACUUCAGGCUGCAAGGAUUAGUGAUGAGGGAGCGGUGGCUUUGGCAGAAUAUACAGCAGACAACACCAUCAUCCAGCAGAUCGACUUGAGAGAAAACCCUAUCCGUGUAGCUGGGUUGAUGGCCUUGGCUCAUUCGCUGCGUUUAAACACGCACGUCACUCAGAUGGAUCUGGACUCCGAUCCUAGAACAGAACCCGCAGCCGAACUGGCCGAGCAGCACUUGGCUCUGCAGAAGGAAAUCAAGGAGUACUGCCAGCGUAACUUGGUCAAUAGUCAUAUACAGGCUGCUGAAAACCAGAACAAUCUUUGUGAAAUUCCUACCAGGUGUCACGACGAAGACAAAUUGUCCGUCAACUCCGUGUUUAGGAAAGUCUCUUUAACGUGCGAAACCUCACACAAGACCAUCCAGCCAGAAACUAGAAACGACACCACCCCCGUACGAGAAGAGGAGAAGCAAAAGUAUGUAAGUCCUGCUCCCAGCCCACUUCCAAGCCCAGCUCCAAGUCCCUGCCAAAGUCCUUCUCCAAGUCCUGUACCUAGCCCCAUGAAAAAUCGCUUCAGGGUCUUCAGGGUUCAAGAAGCAUCAAGAAGUGCUUCACAGUUACCUAUAAAUUCAACUCCUUGUUCUCCUGUUGUUUGUUCCUCAGCUCCAGUAAGUCACUGUGGAAGAAGUAUGUCUGCUGGGGACCUCAAUUUACCCUCCAAACAGCAAUCUUCUCGCCCUAAUAGAUUCAGCAUUGGUGGCCGUUUCACUGUCACAAGGGUUGCGGAGGUCACUGGGCCUUGUAGUUUACCUAGUGGUCAGUCUACAACUUCUGAUACUAUUCUGACUAACUCUACUGGUUCUGUGUCGAGCCCCAAAAUAAUUAUAUCUUCACCUGUUAGAGUAGAGCGUGGCUUUAGCAUAGAAGAAACACCUUCAAAAAAUAUGUUUCUGAGCAAGAGCGGAGAUGGCCUAGUGACGUCACCUUCAGUGCCGGGCACCAAAAGUUGUGACAGUCUUCCAGAAGGUCAUCAUAAAGUACCAGGCAGCUUGUCAGGUCACAUCGUGAGGUUGAAAUCGGACAGCGACAGCGACGACGUUUUUCUUGAUUCUGCAAAUUCCAGUAAUGUGAGUGGAUGGUCGGAGGUUGGGUCUCAGAGGGGCUCGCUUCGGAGCAGUGUCAACGAGAACAACGGCAGCAGUACUGAGAAAGACAAUGAUUCGGUGAGUUCCAGUGAGUUGACCGACAGUGGUUUUCUAGACGACUCGGUUUGUGGCGUGGGAAGGGUUGGGGGCAGCUGUUCCCCAAGCCCUAGCAGUCCACAUCCUGAGGGUGACCGAGAUUCCCUUUUGAGCUCCUCGGUCGAUAGUACAAGCCAGGAAGACACCGGAUUAGGAUCCGCCAUAAGCACCUCUGGUAAUCUACAAACUUCCCCAGUACCUUCUACGGUGCCAAUACUUCCUUGCACCGCACAACCUACGGUUCAUUCCGCCGUGCCGGAACCUCUGAAAAGAGCACCGUUAGCAGCCAUGGAGAAUGGAAGUUUCGAUUCUGAUAGUGAGGACAGCGAGGUCACCACUCAGUCUUCGGAUUCUACCCACAGUGACGAGGUACGAAUAACGACCGAGCAGUUGUCCCCCAGACCUGCCUGGGGUUCAAAGCAGGAACCUGUAGAGGAAUCACACCACAGUGCUGAAGCCUCCAGUGUACCUGCACAGACUUCAGAGACUGGUUGAUUGUGAUUCCUGUCAUGGUUGUGUUGGCCAGAGCCUUAACUAAAUAAGUGGUAUCACUGAAAUACUGCACGCACAGUCUCAGUGUGUGCACGUGCAUAACGCAUCUCAUUGCAGAUUGGUCUUUUUGCAAUUAUUUGCUGUUAUUUAUUUAUAUGAUUACAUAUAUCUUUUUGUAUAUUUAUGCUUGCAAGUAAACAUGAUGUAGGAUAUGAGAAAGAAGCAGUAAUGAUAACUUAUCACGUUUUGCCUUGCGUUUUUUGUGAUUGUUGAAAGAUUGUCAUAUUUAUAUAGUACUGUAAUGUAGAAAUGCAAGAAGUAAAAGAUCAUAUUUAAGUGUGUUCAGAGUAUGCUGUGGCUCAGAAUUUGUGAUAUGUGAACAAUUAUUUACAUUCUUAUUUUUAGGGACGUUCAAUAAGUUGUGCUUGUGAAGAGAGGGAUUACUGAACUUCAUUUUUGCAGAGCCAACGUAUUUUAUAAGUUAUUUAUGUAUUUAAAUUAUGGUGAUAAAUCAUACGCUUCAGUGCAAAAACUUUCAAGACCAUCUGUGAGCAUUUUAUGUCAUUUGAUACUGUAUGUACAUAGUUUUAGUGAGCGUAGUGUUGCAAGAGGUUAAAACAAGACUGCCAUGUUGCAGAAGACGACUUGACAAACAGAGGGUCAAACUCUGACACUUGUUGCCCGUUGUCAUGCAAGAUUUUAUGUAGAGAAGAUGUUCAGAAUAUCUCAGGCAUAAUAGCUGACUGAAAAUUCAGCAGUGCUGUGCAGGUAAUCCCAGCAAUGUUUUAUAUUUGUAAGUCAUUUCAUAAGAUUACUAAAACAUUGCAGUCUAAACAUAUGUUUCACGUGAAUGUUCGGGGAAAUAUUUAGAAUUUGUUGCAUAUUCUUGUUGAUGUUUACUUCACGGUGGGAUUUCGUUGUUUCCCAGUGACGAUGUAUUUAUAAAAUUGUAAGGUCACUUCAGUUUGGCCACAAAGAUAUUUCACUCUUUUUCUAAUAGUUCACAAUAGUUAUGAUGUUAUGAUCACAAGUUUUUCCACAUUUCCUGUUUACCGACAACAAAAUUAGCGUUAAGUUAGGGCUAUAAGGGAACUGUCAAAGUGGUAUGAUAAAUUACCGAGUGCCGGACUCACACCCUCGCAAACUAUGCUUUUAUACUAACUGCCUCGCUUCAUUGGUAGCUUAAUUAGGUCGUUAGACAGUCUAGAGAGGAAUUGAGACACGUAGUCAUAUGUUAUUACAGUCACUGAUCAAUCAUUUGUUCUCCUUUUUCAUUUUUUUAUUUAUUUGCGUGUCAGUUUUAGAGAGGAAACAGACUUCAUGGUGUUAGUAAUAUGGGAUACAUUUUCAAGAGUAUGGCAGGUUUAUGUACCAUACUGUUAUUUGAAUAACCUCUGCCGUUAAGAAGGCAAAUUAAAAUGUAUUGUCAUAAAAUUCGUGACUGUAAUCACAUCUUUAUCCUGUUAUUACACACACCCUCAGCUCUGUAAUACGUACCGCUGUUAGUCGGAACUAAGAAACUAAUUAGGAAAUGUAGGAAAUGUUUUUGUGACCAUACCAGUAUGAUUUUUUUUUUUUUUUUUUUUUUUUUUUUCUCCAAAGAAUAUUAUGUAUUGGAUUACUGUCCAAGUGGUAUAUUAUGAUAUCUUGGGAGUCCCUUAGGGUACUUUUAUGAGCAUCCUUUGUGACGACAGUGUACAAAGUUAUGAUAUUCCUUGGGAGGGUUACAACUUUGUUGUGUGUCGUAGAUGACUAUGACUACUAUCUUGAAAGGAGGCACAAGCCACUUGAGGGUGAGCGAAAGGAUCUAGUUUCCUUGACUGUGGUAAUAAUUCUGUAAAAAUAAUUUCUAAGAUAUGUCGGUAAAGAAAACAAUAAAUGCAUUGUUAAAAAUAAUGUUUUAAGCAUAUAUGUUGUGAAACAAGGUUGAUUAAUCUCUUGAAAAGAGAGUAGUAGAUUGGACUUGAAGUUCUCAGAAGGUAAUUCUUGUGAAAGGAGAAAUACACAGGAGGGGAAAUAUUAUUUUACUGAAGUAAAACAAAAUUGGGUCGGCCUAUUGAAACUUCAUGCCCUUAGCAACAACAAAGAAGAAAGUCACAAGGGAGGGAUACCUUUGUCUACUUUGCAUUUCGUAUUUGUAGCAGUACACCAAGCUUGCUACACGUCAUCAGCGUGAGAUGAUGGUCUCUGUUGGAGCGUGAGAGAGGUGUACUUGGAUGUAAUCGCAAAUAACCUCAUCUUUUUUUUUUCCUUUUUUUUCUGGUGCUGUGUAAAUUCGGAGUAAUGUUGCAAUGCAGAUAUAACUACUAUAUAAUCUUGACACAAAUUAUAAUGAAUGUACCUGUAUUAGUACUUAGAUGCAUUUUGCAGACUUUGAGGGGUUGCAAGGUAUGUAUACAUCAAAUUGCAAUCCCAGCGUUUGAAUCCACGAGUACCAGUUUGUCUGUCUAUCCUUUCACCGUAAGAAUUUAAACAUUUAAUGGUAAAAAGCAUUUUCAAAUGUAGGGUUCAGGGUAUCUCAUAAAAAUCUCUAUCUGGAACCAAUUCCACUUUCACAAGAGUAUGUAGUUAGAUUAUCAAUAAAGAAUUUUAUUUUUACCUUCUGUAUUGUGAAGUAUGAUUUGGUUCCAAGUAGGUCAGGGAUAGGUAACUAUUCUUAAGAUCAAGAUUACUGAUAACUUAUGGUGGAUAGUUCAGUGACGUGGAUCAGAUCAUAUUGAAACCUGUGUCAUAAACCAUUUUAUAUAUUGUUUUAACUGAAUGAUAGUUUUGAUUGUUGCAUGGGAUGUGAAGUAUGAUGCUGAGAAUUUUAAUGAAAUUAUUUUAAAUUUUAAGCCAAUUUUCUUUGUUAAGUAGAUUUUCAUGUCGUAGAAGAAAUGCAUAUGUUGAACUGGUGUAGUUGCCAGUUUGUGUACUUCUUAAAAGAUUAAAUAUUUAUACAGUGGCGAGCAAUUUUAACUUUGUAUGGGGGAGUCGCAAGGCUAGUCCAGAUUACAUAUAUGAAAAUUAGGGCAGGUAGAUAGAAAUAUGUAGUAGGAAAUUUUUUUUUUUUUUUUUUUUUUUUUCCCCCUCAAGAAUUGGGACUGUAUUCACCGAUUCAAGCAAUAUUUUAUACAUUUUUGAGGCACAUGCAAGCCAUGAAUAGUUAUAAAAUAUGUUAAAUACCCAAGUAAUUGUUUUAGUUCUCGUGUAAAGUACACGGUGCUGUAUUGAAAACAAAUUUUAGCAAAAGACGAUUUUUAUUCUCUCACCUUCAAUGUGGAAGGACUGAAAACUCACAAGAAUAUAUUUAGCCAUUUUUACUUUUGUGGUAAUUACUUGUGAUGUGUGACUUGUAUGAUAGGAACCGGUAUUAAGUUAAGUUUAACUAAAGUAUUGGUGUGCUACUUCCGUUCAGUAAUAAUAAGUGACGGUCAGUGAUAAUCAAACAAAAAGGCAUGUGUAUGUAUGUUCUUGUUGGGGGGAUACCCAUUUUGUUCCGAAGUUAAGUGCUUAGAAAUGUGUAAAUCCUCAGGAGCUUUGGUGUGACUGGCCAGUUGUACCCCCCAAGAAACCAAGAUAAGAUGAGAAAUAUAAGAGAUAACGUGACGAAAUUACGACCGUGUGGUAAGUGUAGGCUGUGAAAUUUAUUCCUCUAGGAAGCUUAAAUUUUUAUUUUUAAUUCUAGGUUUCCAAAUCAUUGUGAUAUGCUUGAAUUUAAUUUACACAAGGUUUUCAAUUUAGUAUACGUUUAACUUUAAUAUUUUUCUGUCUUACGUAAAUGAGUGGUAGCUUUUUGGAAUGCUUGGUCACGCAUUGUUACAACACCGGUUAAUCUCAUCGUAUGCAUAAAAAGAUCCCCAAGUACGGGUAGGCAAGUAAUGAUUCUUUAUGGGUCUUAAAAAAAAAAAAAAAAAAAAAAAAAAAAAAAAAAAAAAAAAGACAAACGCAGCUUUACAUGAACAGGAUGAUUGUAAAAUAGCACAUAACUAUAAUGCUCUUAUGUAUGGAAUUACAUAAUGUAAAGAAGGAUUGCUGUAACUGAUGAUCAGAAUUAAAUGUAUUGAAAAUGUAUCUUGGAGGUAGUUUAAAACAUAUACUUUAAUUGUAUUAUAAAGUACUUUGUAAAAGUAAGCAUCCUCGGUAAUAGUUUUAAAAGAAUUGAAUGAGUCCCUUAUUUCUUUCUUUAUAUAUUGCUAGAUUACUUAAAAAAAAUAAUUUUUACUUGCAAUUUGAUUUUUAUUGAGUGCAAUACUAAAACGUUUGGGACAGGGUGUCUGUCACAUUGUCAGCAGGCUUUGUCAUCGUUUCUGUAUAUUGUGAUCGUUAGUAAGUUUUAAGUACUACUGUAUUUCAUAUCAGGGUUGGACAGUUUUAGGUAGCAGUACUAUAUUUCUAUAUUAAAGUGUACUGCACCUUCAGGAGAAACAAUGGACCAUAAAAAUCAUAUCAGUUGCUUUACAAGUCUGACCUCGUUGUACAUAGAUGGCAUGGCUUGAGAUUUGUUCAGUUUUAUCCAUUGAAGUUCAAGUUGUUGGUCUAGUAAUUUGACAUCGUUUGUUACUACGAGUAUAACUUGCGAUGGGUGGGUAUGUGACACAUUUUACAAUGUUCAUGGCCUCAGCAAUGUUGAGAUAUUGUACAUAAUGCAUUAACAGGUAGUAAGCUUUCCUUGCAAGGAUAACACCGUAGAUUAUAAGAAGUUUUUAACGUGUACAUGUCUGUUAACAGAAGGAAACCAGGGAAUGAUGGUGCUUUCUCUCAACGAAAGGCACUCGUGCCCUGUGCUGUGCUGGACUGGACUAGCAUCUUGUUCAUUGUGGCAAAAAAAGUACUGUAAACCGGUGGAAAAAUAUAGUGUCAUUGUUUCUGGAGUAGGACUUCUCUUAUUACUGACAGCUAGUCUGAUUCCAGGCUGAAAAAAUCAACUGCUGAAGUUUAAAAAUUAGUGUAACGCCUAUUAAAAACUUAUUCUAAGGCAUGUUACUACUUAUGUGAAUUUUAUUUAUAUCUAAUGCCAAAUAAUUUUGUUAUAUAAAUUUACUGAAAUUAAUAUGGAGCAAUAAGCUGCAACUCUGACAGUACUGAAAAGGAAACCUGCUUUUGUUCUAUUUCUUUCCUACUGUUUGAGUUGUGUCUUGAUUCCUCCAAGUUCUCUUGCCAGAUGCAUUUAUGUUCAAAGCCCCUCAAAUGAGCCUCAAAGCCCCACAGUUUAUGUUACAAUGCAAGAAAUCAUUUUGGUAUUUCUUCAAGUAUGGAAGAAGAAGACAGUUGGCCCACUCAGAGGCAAAAGCAACUAGUUUAUCUUGUACAUAAUAUUAAAAACUGCCGUCACAGUCUACCUAUCGCUGCCGUAUGCUGUCUCCUGUGGUUGAAGAAAUAUAGAAAAUGAAGUACUGUACUUUUUUUUUCUUUUUUCUUCUCUUCAUUUAGUUAGUGUACUCUUCUGUUCAGGCUAAGGAAGAGUCUAAAUGAAUAAUCAGUGUGGUAUUCACACUUUAAUAGACUGAAUGUAGUAGCAAAUGGAUUUAAAAAAAAAAAGGUUAUUAUAGGAAUGAUGAUUGUAUAAAAUUGUAAUAAUGAAAAGAAAACUAUUACCUGUUUUUAAGUUGUUUUGUACUUUUCAUACCUGUAACAUUACAAAAAGAAAAAACCAUUGACUAUAGUACUGCUUCUUAGAUUUAGUUAACCAGAAGCAUGGAUUUAUGGCUUGGCAAUAUUCUUUUGACUCUGUUGUGGUAAAACAAUGUUCUUACAGGAUGUGGUAUCGCAAUUUUUACAGUUUUGAAUAUCGUAGAGAACAAAAAAUAAAGUUCUGAUGAAGUUAUCAACAUACGCAUUACUAUACUUUUAAAAAAUCAGCCUUUCAGAAAUGAAAUAUCCCAUUAAUGCCCCAAUUUUUAAAAUUAGAUGAGCAAAACUAUUAAAAACAUUGAUUAAAUACAUAUUGGUUAGCAGCACAACACUUGUGUAGUGAAACUAAAUGAGUAAAUUUUCAUUAACAGUUAUGUAGACUUAGGAGGUGAUUAUGGGAUUAAUACCUAGUUUUAAACAUCCAUUAUAACAGUUGUAUGCACUGCAUAAGAAAAGCCGCAAUUAUUUCUUAACACCAAAACCAACUAUUAGCGGGGUAUUGCUGUACAUAGUUGUAUAUAGAUGUAGCAUAGUGCCGCCACCACCUCCAACCAACCAUGUUGCAUUUUGUCUAAAUACCACUAACCAGAAUAGUCAUGUAGCAGAAGAUAAAAUCUCGGUGGGAGCAAUUAAUACCAUCAUUAUUUGCUGUAGUUUUAGUGACAACAUUAGCUCUCGUAUACCUUUUUUAUUAUGUCCCUUCAUUUAAACUUUAAAACGAGUGUUCACAUUUUUGUUAUGAUUAUCAACCGUUGCACAGUACACUGAUAUAACUGUCCUGUACUGCAUAUUUCUACCAAGGCCAUGAUAUAUUACGUGGGUGUUCACAUGUUAUUUCUCUUCACCCUUGAAAAUAAUUGUUAGGAUUUUUCCAUACAAAGUAUCAGUGUUUGUAUGUUUUUCUAGGUGUGAAAAUACAAUUAUGUACUACUGUAUAUAUGUACAGUAUAUACUUUCAGGGCAUAACUCUCACUUUACACUGUACCAUGUUUGUAAUAUUGUCACCAUUUCCAUGUCAGUUGCUUGGUAGCUGUUUUCAUAUUUUUUAUAAAUCAUCUUGCUCUUGGAGCUGAUGAUGGGGGAAUAAGUAAAUCAUCUUGUGUCAAAAUUCCAUACUAAUGUUGUAAUCUUCCCCUAUGGUAUUGUCAGUGGGUUAAUUACCUGACAUUCAAAUGGAUAGGAUGUUUGUUGUAAAAUACUUCAGGAAAUAGUGUCGAACAUAACCAAAGCACAAUUUCUAAUUGGAUGUUAGGGCAGGGAAACAAUUUUAAGAGAAACUGAUGGUAUGGUUGUCCAAGAUUAAGGUAGCUCUCUUAUUAAAAGAGUAUCAUAUGUUGAGUGAUAUCUCUGAGUGACAGUAGAGAAACAUUUUAAAAGGGAAUAAUCAGGGAAAUACAAAAGGAGACGGCAAAUUUCACAUUGUCAAAGUAAAAAGGGUCAAUAUUUCCAAGUAACCUUUAGAGUUUGUGUUGUGACACUCACACAGUAUAUUUGAAGCAGGGAAGCCUGCCAUGCUCAGUUAAAUAUACUUUGUGUAAGUGUCAAAACUUCACCCAGUGUAAGUGUCAAAACUUCAGCCAGAAGUAAACAUCACAUUUUGAAGACAAAUUAGUUAAUGGAGACUCUCAGAAUCUCCAUUAUUUAUCCGUUCAUUCAUAUACUGGUUUUGAAGAAAUAAUAAGUGCAUUUUAAUUCUAUGGUCUGGUUACAAUACCUUAUAACGACAAUAAUACAUAUAAUAAUAAUAAUAAUAAUUAUAAUAAUGAGACCAUUACGAGUUCAGAUCAAAGGACACCUUUACUGAAUAAGUGCACCUUUCAACAGGAAAGGGGUUCUCAAAUUACAAAAUUUCUGAGACCCGAGAUCACAGAGACUGAAAUUAUUUGAGCUUGUGAUGCUAAAGGGAAGUGACCAGUUAGUUAGUCAGAAAAGUAGUCAUUAUGGAUAAAACAAGAAUAAAGACUACUAAAAAUACCUGAAAAUUGUGCAGAAGUGCAUCAACUGGCAGAAAAUGAAGAGGACCCAUAGAGAGAGGAAAGCACUAUAAAAAUGUGAACGAUUAUGACGAAUGGGGAAUUUGGUUUGUAACUCUGAAAGUAUCCUAUGUUACCUUACCUUCUCAAUAGGCAUCCAUUUUUGUUUGAAUUUAAGACAAUACUGUAAAGGAUCUUUUUCAUUGGGUUGAGGUUGGGACUAUGAACAGGGUUUUGUAGAGUUCAGGGUGAUACCUGGGCAUACCCCAUAGGCUUUUUUUUUCUUUCUUUCUUUCUUUUACAAUACAGCAAAAGCACAAGAUGUGCUGGAAUACUCAAUUUAUGGAAGCAUAGGUUUGUAUACCUAUAAUAUACAAUUAUGAAUAGUAUAUAAAGCUGGCCUCUGCUGUUAUUGUUGUUAGGGCUAAUAUGAUUGAUGCUCAUUCUCUGGUAGGCCAGUAUCACUUACCUGGUAAUCCAAAUUCCAAUCUUGACCAAAGGGAAAAUUUUACAGUGCUGUUUUAAGUGUAAGCAAGAAUGGAUGGCUUGUGGGAUUUGUAAGUGGAACAAAUAUAAAAAAAAAAAAUCAUAAGAAUAAUCUUCACUUACAUUUCUUCAGGUGAAUGAGCAGUAGUAACCUUGAAAAUCUAAAGAAUCAUACUGUAAUAAUGGACAUGAAAUUUUUACAUUAAGGAUUUUGUCCCCUGGAUUUGUUCUUUGUUUGCCAGUAACAAUAAUAAUGGUAAUAAUGUGAACAUAUUUCGAAUACCUAAAUGCAUACUGCUUGUAACCUUUUGUGCUAAUAAGUUUGCAGUUUUCCCUGCUGUGUAAGCUUGUAUUCUCUUUUUAUGUCAUUUGCAAAUACAGAUUUAGGGUAAACUAGUCAAUCAAAAUAAUAAUAAUGCAUACUAAUAAGUAAAAGAGUAAUUCAUACCUAAUUAUGUACUGUAAAGCGGACCAGAAUACAUGAAAACGUUUUAAAUGAGGACAUAGAACCAGAAAAGAGGGCAGGAUGUUACAACAACAAUCUAUGGAAGUUGAGGGAAUGCACUGCAGUGUGGAAAAUAUAUAUGAAUGAUUUUGCUGAUGGUACAAAGAAAGUAAAGGAACUGUUGGAAGAAAUAAUGAAAAACAAAAACAAAAAGUACAAAUUGUAAAGUGUCAUCGGGCCUCUUUGAAAGAGGAAUGAUCAAUAGAGGCAGUAUUUAUAACGAGAUGCUACAGGGAAGACUCGGUAAGCUGCUGUCACAAGAUAUUUACAUGUACUGUAUAUCAAAAGAUUUUCAAACUAGUUCUUAAUAACAGUAAUAUGAGGAAGCUCUGGGAAAUAUUUUAGCAGAGAGGGAGAUAUUAAUGAAAGAAGAGGACAAAGUCAAUGUAUGCUAAUCAUGCUUUGUGAACUGGCAAGUAAGCAGAGGAAAAUGUAAUUCAGGAACUGCCAGUGAGUGCUGGGAGAGAAGUUUGGGGUAAAGACCAAUAUUGUGCCUUGGAUGGAACAGAUGCUGUUGUAGGAGACACUUAGGAUUGCAAAAUACACAUGAAGUAAGGUUCUCAAUGUCAAAUGUACAAGACAAAUACAGAAAUAGCCUUGGAAAAGAUACAGCAUUCUGUCAGCUAGGUUGCGAAGCUGCUAUCAAGAAUGUAGGGUGGUAAAAGAGAUAAGCAAUAGUACUGAUGCAUGCAAAGAUGGUGGUGAAAUAAACUAAAAUUUGACGCAGUUAUAAUGCAUGUAAUGGUCUAUAGAAAUGGGAAAGCUCCCAGAGAUAGCAUCCAGUACCUAGAGGGUACAACUAGAUCUCAAAUGCUGAGAUUGCUUAAGCAGAUAUGGAAUUAAUGGGACAAAGACCUGUUACUAGGAUUAAAAAUCACAGAGAAAAGACAUACUGUACAUGAAGAUCUGGAUGAAAAUUCAGGUGGUAAGUGCACAAGAUAAGAGAACUGACAUGAGCUGAACUGCUACUGUAGCUUAUGCCUCUCUAUUACGAUGAGACUCCUGACUUUUACCCAUCUGGAAAAUAUGAAGGCAGAAUAUUUUUUUAGACUUAACAGGAACAAAAUGUCAUAAGGCAUAGUACUCUAGUUACAACUCUUCAGCUAACAUUAACCGAGAUAUUGAAGAUGUAUUUGAAAUUUACUAUUGUCGACCAUAAUUUCCAUUUAAGCUCUAAGCAUUUAAAAUUGAGAAAUGAAAGUGUUAAAUAGCUCAAAGUAGUAUCUAACUCAACUAUACUAUACCCUAUGGAUAGCAUGUCAUUUCUCUCUGAAAUUGUCUUAUCAUCCAAAAUUUGGUAUGGUGACCCAUACGCGUCUAACAAGAGUAACGUAAGUUAAGAAUUAUGUAUUGGAGCUCUACAUUUUACUGUAUGUUGAAAAUGACUGACUACCUUAGACUGCUUCCACUUGGUAGUUCCUAAUGGGAACAUAGGCUAUCAUCAUUAUUAUGCCAUAAUUUUAGUCUAGUGAAUGAUUGGAAAUCGGAGAGAAUUGAGAUUUAAAACUCCUUUAGUCAGCCAAAGCCUCCAGACUUAAUGGGAUGUGUGUACGUACUCCUAAAUACUCUACAUUGCUGAGUGACUGGGAGUACCCAGUGCUUGUCUUUACAGCUUAAAUUUCAUCAUUCAUUUUCUACAUUCCUCAUUUAUAUUCCAGUGGGUGCUCCUCCCACCCAGUUAUGAGUUGUGAUUAGACGACAGCACCUUUUUUGAGGUUAUAGUUUUUAUAUACAAAAUGUACAUUUUAUGGUGGGGAUAUUUUGAUGUCUGAAAUAUGUUGGAUCCCUCCCCAUGUGAACUUAACUAAAAAAAAAACCAUUCCUUUCAAGUGACUCAUCUCCAAAAUCCAUGAACAGUACUUAAAUCAAUAAGAAGACUUCAUAGAAUGAUUAAGCUAACAGAAAUGAAAUAAAGUAAACCUACCAUUGGAUUUUGCCAUUCUGCAAAACAAAAGUUCUAUGUUUAAGUGCAUACAUAAUUGUACAAUCUUUGAAUUGAUCACACUCAUUUGGCCGUCUUUAUAUGGAGAUUAUGCAGGUCAACAGUAGCAGUUAAUGAACACAUAUUUUGUAGUUUCUUAUUUUAUCAGUCAGUGAAAAUGACAUUUAAAUAUAACUUAUCAGUGCUGUACCCAGCAGUACAACAAAAUUCACCCAAAUUAAUCAUUUAUGUAUGCAAUACAUGAAAUAGGUACGUAUGUGGUGAAAUAAAAUUUUUUUUGUCUAGUCAAGCUUGCUUGCUCUUAUUGACAAUGUUUAUCUUCAAUACAAAUCUUACAGUUUUAUGUUUGCUUAACUUUUACCCCCGUAAUAACGAUCAUACAGGCUGACAUAAAAAAAGUGGAAAUUAUUACAUACCUGAUACCACGAUGAAUACACCAGAUUAACAUUUAGAAAGAAUUUACAUUGAUACUUAUGUGGCUUUUUUUUCACAUGCAUGCUUGGUAAUGUGACUUUUCACUUGAUACUGCAUUUAACUGAUUGUGUGUACUUAUUGCUGCUGUUAUGUACUUAGAAUGUACUGUACGUACAACAGUAUUUACAUUUUCAGAGCUUUUAUGUAUUGUAAUCCUGAUACUUAACUUUUGUAAUCAUGUAAAGGUGCUUUACACGUUCAGAUAAAUGUGGCAAUAAUUCAGGGCAUAUUUUUAUAUACGUUUGAAAAACAAGCAAUUUUACAACUUAUUCUCUUUCUGUAAGAUAGCUAUAUUAGCUGUCAAUUUCCUUCCAAAUCCAUUGACUUCUCAAAGGCCACAAAAGACCACAGCCACACUUUUGUAGUUGUUUAAGUUUUCAGUACUAAUUUGUUAAGGAUUUUCAGUGUACCAAUGCUGAUGCCAAAAUAACUGAAGUACUACUACUUACUGCAGUUGUCCCAUGUUACCUCUGUAAGUUAUGGAAAGAUAAGACAGUUGUAAAGUGAGUAGUACUACCUUAAGAGAAGCUUUCUGCCCUACACCUUGUUCGUAAUUUAAGUUACACUUUGAAUACUGUGCACCACUAUUUUAUAAACGUGUCUUACAAAAAUUAUGGGACGUGUGCAAUACCAAGUGUAGACAUUCAUUUCAUGAAGAAAUACUCAUAGUACCAUGAGCUUAGCAAUGGGAAAGAAAUCCACAGUUAAGUAACUGUGCAAUUAUAUUUAAAAAUAAAACUACAGAGAUCUUUCUAGAGUGUACGAUUCUCCUUUUCGAUCUGGCGUGGAGGAGAAUUGCAUGAAUUCUCAAAAGCCGUCUGUAGUUUUAUUUUUUAAGUAUGUAUGUACGUAUAUCUGUCAAGUUGCAUAGUAUGUCACAUGAAUUUCAAAGGGAAGCUGACCACAAUGCUAUGCAUAGUUCAUUUCACUGCUACUAGAACUCAUUUUUCCUCUCCUUUCAAUACCGAUUUCAUAGGAUUCUAUUUUUCUACAGACUUUUUCAUACAAAGAAUUAAUAAACCGUAAUAGUACUUACAAAAGUAUUUAGUACUCUACCCCAUCGCUGGGUUGAAUGCCAUAGCUUUUACAGGUUUAAUAGUCAGUUACUGUUGCUAGAAGGAAAAUGCAACUUCAUGAAGCGUAUAUAGUUGAGUAAGGUUUGCCAGUUAUAGAAUAUAAAUGCAAGAAAAAUCAAAGAAAUCAAUUUAUAUUCUUCCACAAUUGCUCGCCAGUGAGCUCAGGGUCACAUCAUCAGUCAAUGCAGUUAGUGCCAUUUUUGGUGAAAGCUUUUUCCAUUCUCAUUCUGUUUAAGAUAUAACCUGAAAUUGCCAAGCCAUUUAUCAUGACUUUGUUUUUGUACAUGUUUUCAUUAAGUAUGGCAUUCAAAUUUUAGUUGGGUAUUAUUUUAUAAAGUGCUUGAGUGUUUUAUGUUUCUGCUGAUCCUUCAGAGGAAGGCGUAGUAGCUGUUGAGGAGUUAAUGCGACUGUGGACCUGUGAUUUAUUUAGUUUAGUUACAAUUAAGUAAUCUGUGUUUUGACAUUUCAAAAUGACCAUAAUAACUGCUGUUGUGAAAAUGCUCUGCCCAAAAUUCUCAAUUCUUUUUCUGCUUCUCAAAAACAGAUGUAAGAAAAAAUUGCCAAUUAAUGAACAUGCUCUCAAAACUUUCGCAAAAUGAAAACUUGUAAUUUAUGUGUUUGUAAGCAUGGUAUUGUAUAUAGCAUUCCUCAAUCUCUACUUACAGCAUAACUUUUCUUAAACUGUACCAUGUGUUAAAUCCAUUAACUUAGGGUAGACAGGAUAAUAUAAAGUACUACUACAAUUACUGGGUAUUUAUAGUUCAUAGCGGGGACUCCGAGUGAGGAAGAGCAAGGCAGCCAACAUCAAUUCUGCUCCAACUUUAUAUUUUGUUCCUCGGAGUUGAAAUACUUUUGUCUUAUAUAGGAGUAUCUGUGAAGCUCACUCCGGUUUGGUUUGGCUGUUACAGAUAUUUAUUGAAAAGCAUAGCCAAGAUUUAAGUAAUCUUCUUCCUUUGCCAGAAUGGAAAGAGGGCUUUCUUAGCCUUGUCCCACCUCUCUCACAAGUCAAGAGGAGGAUGUUGAUGUGGCUGGCAGCUGCUGUCUCUAGCUGCAACCUAGUUAAAGGAUGACUAUCUUUUCAUCAGGUAGUGUGACAACAAUAGGAUACAGCCCUGGAUGGUCUCAGUCUACAGAAUAAGUGCAGACUACCUUUCAAGGACUGCUGUUCUCCCCUAAAUUUUGAGCCAAUCUUUUUUGGUUCACCAUCCAGGAUUGACCUCGUUCUCUGGCUUCGUCAUCUAAGGGAAGGGCAGUGCUUAAAAAUAAGCCAUGGAGCCACAGAAAAUAGCUCUUUAUUGAAGGGUAUGUGUACAAUAACCAGUUCAUAGUGGAAACUCUGGUGGGAGACUAUGAUCUCUGUGGACAUGAAUGAUGCAUAUUUUCAGAAAACCCCCUAACUGAACUGCAGGAAAUCAACCCCACUUCAUCUGCAGAAGGACUUGCUUCAACUGCCAAUAGCCGCCAUGUGUUCACUUGUUUACCUUUUUAUUGAUGUGACUGGCUAAUCCUGCCAUUUUCAGAAUUGAGAUCACCUUCUUGUGUUAUGAUGCAAUCUGGGGGUCAUGAGUGAGGCUAGAUCUGCAGCCCAAACAGCAGAUUUAAGUCCUUGUGGAUGCUGACAGAUAUGGCAGCAGUCAGUUUUUUUUUCUCCAUAAUUCCUAAGUUGUAAUGUUUUGGGAGGGAUUUUCUCUGGUCAGAGGCAUUCUUAAACAUACUGUGGAUAUCUUUUUCUUCCUUUGCUGACACAAGCUCCUGCUCUCAGUCUCAGCAGGGCUACACAGCAGUACUACUUUCCCAGGUGUUCAUGAAGGACAUAGCUCUCUCUUCCUAGACAAGUCACCGUGUUCACGAGGAGCCUUGAGCAACCUUGCUUAUCCCAUUAAAUGAAGCCUCUGGAGUCAGGUCUCUUCAUCUCUGUACGUAUAGUCAAUGUCGGGUUUUGUAUAAGGUAGUGGAAGAAGCUUUGGAUGGAGACUUUACUGACAUGAGCAAAAAGGAACUGCUUUAUCCCCAUUGUUCAGAAGGAAACUUCUUGGUUGCUCAGGUCCUUGGACGUCUUCACCUUGGGACAUGGGGGAUGCUUAAUGCAUUCUGUAUCAUCCAAGUUCCAUGUGUAUAAGUAAAAGUUCGUGGGCACCUGCAGCAUAUAUUCCAAGGAGGGGCAAAUCUUCAUACAUACUUGGAUGGUUUCUGGUAUCAAGCAGAGAAACACUUUUGAUCCCUUGAACUAGCACGUUAAUUCCAAAAGCAGUGCUGGUAAGCGAAAACUGCCAUUAACCAAAAAGCAGUGAUUUAUGGCACUUAUGGCGCAAAGUUUCUGUUAAUGGCACCAUGACUCUAUUAUCGGCACCUUAUGGCACCGAUGACCGAAACUUGGCCCCGUUAUGGUGCCAUAAAUUGCCGAUUUUACGGCGCUUUUAUGCGCUAGACAAGCGUCAUAAAAUCGAAUCACCAUUAACCCAGUCCGCUAUUAAACGGGGACUGCCUUGUGUAUAUAUAUAUCAUUCUUUUCCAAGAUUUCAGGGGGGCUAAGUGGCUUGCUCCCCUUGCCCCUAUGCAUGCAGGUGUCCAUGUAGUGUCUUUCCUGCUGCCUCACAACUGUAUUGUAAACAGCCCAUGGCCAUGAUUUGCACUGGUCUGGUGUGAUAUUGGAAUGGAAUGGAAUGGAAUAGAAUAGUAUAGAGUUAAGGCCAAAGACCAAGAAGCACUGAAGGGAAAAGUGAGAGUUAAAAAAAGGUUACAAAGGUGUAACGGGGGGAAAACCUCACACUUGCACUAUGAAAUAAUUGUUAGGAGAGAAUGGAUAGCAAGAUGAAGAAAAUAUAUGAAUGAAGGUACAUUCUCAUGUUCUGAUCAUUGUAAGGUCUGCAACCCAGGGGUUAGACUGUACCUCCCCGUAAUGAUGAUUCUCCCACUUUUGUUAAGGGUUUGCAUAGUAUUUCUAUAUAGUAAAUGUCCCAACUUUUACCCACCUCUCAUUUUCCUCUAUGGCCAAAAGGACAAGUAAGGUAUCAUCCCCAACUGAGUGGCAUCCAAGGCCACCAACCCUCUCACUAAACUUUCCUAUAACUACCCUCUUAGUGACAUAGCCAGCUUGCUCUUCAAAGAUACUCCCUUAUAAGGCAAGUUUGUGAUUUACAGGAAAAUUAAUUUUAAGAUUCCAUCUGCUUGCAAACUGUUACCUUAAAAUACACAUACUCAGACAACAGAGCUUAAGAGAAUAGGCGUUCCAACAAUGUAUAUUUUUUGUCUUCAAUGUUUCGAAUGUUCAGUUUUUGACCGACCUUGUGUAAGCAAACCGAAACUCCCGGUCCUCUUUUCUCAUUCUGUCUCGUUGUAUGACUGGAGCCAGGAUUACAAAAUUGUCUGGUCUACACUGUUUCUCCUUCAAUUGUUCUUUCAUCAGUCAGUGACGGUUUUUCCGUUGACCGUACCUGGUAUCAAAGGGAUGAAAGAAGCAAUGUAUAUGUGUACCUAGUAAAAGUACAGUGUGUUAUCUUCAUGCUAUAUAAAAUUCAUUUACUGUAUUCAUGUAUUUUCACAGAUAGGAAGUGAAUAAAGUUUUAAUCUGUCAUCUGUUUAAACUUUUGAGACAAACUAAUAAUAUUAUUAACAAAGUGCAAUAACCAUUAUGUAUAAUUCUUCAUUAAAGGGCCAUUAAUUCUUUUAGUUUUUUCUCUGAGACCCUGUAAAAGAGCCGCGAGUUACAAGCCUCGGGUAUUCCUGUGUGGGAGGGCAGUAUCGUUUUGAAUUUUCUCAGGAGGACUUCCACUUGCUACAGUUUAACUCAGGAGCCAUUUCAUUGUACUACUGUAUACACCUUUUAUUAAUAAUUUUUCUGCUUCAAUGUCAUCACGUCGAGUCAAGUCAUCCAUCUUAGAAUUGUAAUAAAAAAAAAAAAAAAAAAGUGGCAUUCUAGUCCUUAGCCAAGGGAACUGUAUUUUUGCUAUGUGAACUUUUGUAUAUAUAUUUAGAGAUAUGAAUUUUGUACAGUGUGCGUGUACUCCCUCUGAAUACCGCUGGUAACUCGGGCCCUUUUAUGAAGUACUUCAGAUGAACUGUUUGCAGGAUGACUGGGCAUAGGAUACUUUCAUGUUGUGUUAUAUAAGCAUUUCAAGGCCCUCGAAUUCUCUUUAUGUCCACGGCUACGUCACGUGAUCUUUAUACCCUCACGUACAAAAGUAGUUGCUAUGAUGUGCUGAAUAAUUUUAAACGGCUCUUUUGAGGUGGUUUUUGUCAUUAAACAUUAUUAUAUAUACAUUCAGCUUUCAAGUAUAUAUACCUAUAUUAGACUCCUUACUCUUGACAAAGAGAUGGCAUUUUCUUCAUAAAUUGUAAAAUGAACUCAUGAACAAAAGGGAUUAACAUUUCUGUGAAAUAUUCUUGAUAAUUAUUUGUCUGUAUGCUUACUACCACUGUGAUUUUUUGUAAUUCCCUCCUCAUUUUUUUAACUACUCUGUACUAUAACAUUCAUUUAUGCAGUUCUACAGGUACAGCAUAAAAAAAAUUGAGAUGACAGUAGUACUUGUGAAGAUCAAGAAAGCUUUGAACUACAGUAUACUGUACUAUGUACUUUGGUUGUAGGAAACACCUGUGACCUGAGCCAUUUUUCUGUAAGAUGUAAGCUGUUCAUUACAGUUUUUGUGAGUGAUCGAUCAUUUGUUGGUUCAUUACAGUUUUUGUGAGUGAUCGAUCAUUUGUUGACGAAGACGUCUGGAAAAGAAAAACCCUACUUGAGAAUAUGUGACACUUACAGUGAUGACAGGUCGUUGUUACAUUCCUUGUAAGAGGCUGAGAAGUGUGUCCAGAAUGGAAGGGUAUUGUGGGGGGGGGGGGGGGGGGGGGGGGGGAGGAUGCAGGGAAAUGGCUUAUAAGAGGUUCUCUUGCUUCAUGGAAUGAAACGUUGAAAUUCAAUUGCUGAUGGAAUGUAUGGCUGUAUAAAAAUAAAAACUUUUCAUAUGACGUUUUGUGUUCGUAUUUUGCAUGCUGUCACAGCCAGACAUUUCAGAAUUUUUCAGGAAAAAUUCAUUCUACCAACUACUAGAAGACUUCUUCGUGCUAUAUUUUCUGAUAUUGAGAUUUCAUUCAUCUGAUAACUUUCUGGAAGUUUAUAUAUAUAAUAUAUAUAUAAUUCUUAACAUACAUGUACAUUAUCAAGCCAUUAGUUAUAAGCUGUAAAUAAACUUAAAAAAGUAGUUCCAUAAUACCACUUGCUUUGUUACCAUCUAGUCGCUCGGCAGCCAAAAAAAAAAAAAAAAAAAAAAUAAAAAAAAAAAAUAAAAUAAAGCAAUGAAAAGGGGAAUAUGCCAAGUCACUCAUGUCUGCCCUGUUUAGUAAUGUUAAUUGUAAAGGUUUGAAAUGUAAAAACCAGAAGACAAUAUCAAUGAGUUUGUGUAAUCUUUGUAGACACCCCUCUCUGUUGCUUUUCAUGAAAAUUUCUUUCACAUUUGAUUUAUUGUACGCUAGUUGUCAAUGGAAUCUCAAGAAAGAGUAAAUUAAAAAAUACUCAUAGUAGUAUGAGUCUUGAAAUUGCAAAAGAAAUCUACAGUUAUGUAUGGUUACGAAUAUAUUUUUAGAGAAUCUAAACAGAGAGCUUUCAGGAAUCUAUUCGAUUUCAGUCUGGUUGAAAAGGGGAAUCAGACAGCUUCCUGAAAUCUCUCUGUACUGUAGGUUUAUUUUUAAUAAAUAUAUUUGUAUCCAUACAUAACUGUGGAGAUGUUUUUUCAAAAGAGUGAAUGUUUUACUGCAGUUUGUAGUUGAUGCUCAUGUAACACUGUCCUUGCAAUGUAAUUUGAUUUCAAAACAUUUUUUGCUUUUUUUUAAUUUCAAACAGUUUAAAUGAUGCUUUGUUUUGUUCAGGGAAUAUGUACUGUAUAUGUACUUGAUUUUCGGUUGUAUUAUGUAUAUUAUACACAGUUUUGAGCUUUUUAGUAAUGGCUUCAUUUUAAUCAAUGUUAAUGUACAAGUUUAUCAAUAAUCAUUUUAGUCAACGUCAAUGUACAAGUUUAACUCUUGAUAUGAAUACUUUCUACUAUUAUAUGUGGUCCUAGAUUUUUAUAUAACUCGGAGAUUUUCAUGAUCAACUGCUUUAGUUUGUACAUAAAAUGCAUUUUAUAAGGAAUUACAACCUGUUACAACUUUUAAAUGUUGAGCAUAAUUAUUACAGCUUCAUCACAAUGUGUCACUGCAUGGGAAUUUCCUUUUGUAUUGCAGAAAUGUAAUGCAUGUGAUAGACAUUAAUUUUUAACAGUUAAUAGAUUGUUUUUAACAUGUAUAAAAUAACUGUCAUGCAUUGUUUUUUUUUUCAUCUUGUAUAUGGUAGCUGUGGAACUGUGUAGAUAUUAUUAUAUACAAUAUAUAUUACACAUAUACUAUAUUUAUAUAUAGUUCUUCGGUGGUGGUUUAGUAGACCGAUGAGUUCAGCCCUGGGGUCGUGCUCUGUCCUACUGUGCGCUGUAGGUCGACAGCCCUGCGUCUGGCUUGUGCAUGCAUGUAUAUAUGUAUAUAUACACAUGCUGUAUACUAUGUAUAUUCUUAGCUUUAGAUGUAAAAGAGAAAUGAAUGUGAAAGGAAUCCACUUAUUUUGCGGGGUUGAAAGCUGUGGUCGGCAAUGAAAAGAAAGUUUGAACGGUGUAGCGUUAAAAAAAUAAUAAUAAUAAAAAAAAAAAAAAAAAGCUAUGAUGACAUAGCAGCUGUUGUUUCUUCUCUUCAUUUAGAAAAAUAAAUGUUAUUUACAAGGUGAAAAAGAAUUAAAUUUUAAUCGGCAAUGCUCAUGUCUUAGUUCUGUUUGAUUCUAGAUGCUAUCUGUACAUUAUCACUUUAUAAGUACGUAAAUGGGGAGAAGGAUUAUGAUGGAAAGUGAUGUACUUGUUGUAAACAAGUGUGUUGGGUGAUUGGGAAAGGAAUGGGAAUUAUGAUGUCAAAAAGUCCAGGGUGGUGGUGGCAGAGCAUUAGUUUAAAAGCUGUGAUAGACAGGUAGUCACCACCCCCACUGAACAAUAAACUAUCGACAGGACA